UUGUCUGCGACCGCCAAUCAGAACGAGCCAAGCGGACGUCGGGCGAAAUUUGAACGCCGUGACUGUCGGUGGUGAAGAACGGGUCUGGACAUAUACUGUUAACUCAAAAAUCACGAUGGACGCGCUCAGCGAAGAGGACACCAAGAUGUACUUUUACGAGAACCGACUGAAAACAUUCGAGAGCUGGCCUUUCGACGAGGACUGCACGUGCACCCCGGAGAACAUGGCCAAAGCGGGCUUCAUUCACACCCCUUCAGACAACAGCCCAGACAUCGCCAUGUGUUUCUUCUGCCUCAAAGAGCUGGAGGGCUGGGAGCCGGAGGACGAUCCACUAAAGGAGCACAAAUCUCAUUCGCCAUCCUGCCACUUCAUUACGCUUAAGAAGAAAGUUGAAGAUCUGACAGUGGAGGAAUUUUUCAAACUACAGAAGGAGAGGCGCAAGUUCAUCAUCAACAAAUCCUGCAACGACAUCAUCACCAAGUUUGAAGAGGCAUCCAAACUGAGAAGAGCAGACAUCAUCAAGACUGCCAUGGGAGAAGAGUGACACCCUGGCAGCAGAUGAAUGUGUGAGAGAGAGAAUGACUGGUUCCUUUCCGUGUUUCCUUCAAACGUUUUUCGUGUGGUCUCUGUAAUAUAUCUGUCACUUUUAACGUCUGUUUUUCAUUAAACUUGUUCUUUUAAUUUA